UUUAUUGGCACGACGACAUCAUAAAGCUCGCGUUGUCUUUUACGAAAGUAUCUGGUAGUAAUACCUUAAGACAAGAUGCAGAUGUCGUUUCAUGGCGGCGUCGCGGAAACUAUUCUGUUCGAAAAAUGGCGCAUAAAUAACGCGCAAGGAAUGGUUGGUUCCGUAAUCGGCGUCAUUCUUCUAACUGCAUUGUAUGAAGGGCUAAAAUCUUAUCGUGAGUAUCUCUUCGCGCGCACGACGUUUCUCAGGAAGAAUCAGCAGAAGAAAUCGAGAAAUGCAUUGUUGUUUUCCGGAGUGCAUUUCUUUCAAACGCUUCUGCAUGUAAUCCAAAUAGUGUUUGGCUAUUUCCUUAUGUUUAUUUUUAUGACGUACAACUAUUGGCUUUGCAUCGCUAUCGGAACUGGAACAGCUCUUGGAUAUUGGUUGUUUCAAUGGGAAAAAUCUAAUAAUGACAAUACAGAUUGUUAACCGGAAGAAGAUGAUAAUCAUGAUAAUCAUCAUCACCACUGAAGCGAAGAAUGGAGCAUAGAAAAACAAAAUAAUUAUUAUUGAAAAAUGGAAAAAUAACUCAACAGAAGUAUCAAGGAGGAAUUAUUGGAUAUUUACAAAUUUAAUAAGAUUUAAUAAAUAUUUAAAGUCAACAAUUU